UCACUCAUCAACGCUCACUGGCUGCUGCUGAGCCCACCAACAUCUUUAACCAAGCUGUAAAUGUGCCGCUCUCUGAGAUGUUGAUUAUGAUCUCUACUUUAACCACUUUAGUGGUUCUCGUCCCUGCUGCCCUGUGGUCUCCUGUCGGGGCCCAGGAGCCAGAGUUUGGAGAUAUGUGCACAGAGAGCAGCUGCUACCCUGCCACAGGUGACCUGCUAAUCGGUCGGGCACAUAAAGUCACCGCCUCCUCCACCUGUGGCCGGAAUCAGCCAGAGCGCUUCUGCAUUGUUGGACACCUGGAGGAGGAGAAGAAAUGCUUUGUGUGCGACUCCAGAGAGAUGUACGAGGACAGCAACCCCAUCAGCCACACUAUUGAGAACGUGGUCACCACCUUUGCCCCCAACCGCCUCAAGACCUGGUGGCAGUCUGAAAACGGUGUGGAGAAUGUGACCAUCCAGUUGGACCUGGAGGCCGAGUUUCACUUCACACACCUUAUCAUGACCUUCAAGACAUUUCGUCCAGCUGCCAUGAUGAUCGAGCGUUCCAUGGAUUUCGGGAAAACAUGGCAGGUUUAUCGUUACUUUGCCUACGACUGUGAGUCGUCAUUCCCCGGAGUUUCCAUAGGACCCAUGGUCAGAGUGGACGACAUCAUCUGUGACUCCCGCUACUCAGACAUAGAACCGUCCACAGAAGGAGAGGUAAUAUUUCGAGUGUUGGACCCUGUCUUUGAGAUUGAGGACCCCUACAGCUUCAGGAUACAAAACAUGCUGAAGAUCACAAACCUCAGAGUGAAGUUUAUCAAGCUCCACACGCUGGGCGACAACCUGCUCGACUCCCGUGAAGAGGUGACAGAAAAGUACUACUACGCCCUCUACGACAUGGUUGUCCGUGGCAACUGCUUCUGUUACGGCCACGCUUCCGAGUGUGCUCCGAUUGAUGGAGAUCCAACAGGAGCCGAGGGAAUGGUUCAUGGCCGCUGUGUGUGCAACCACAAUACUGAGGGACUGAACUGUGAGCGUUGUCAAGACUUUUACCACGAUUUGCCUUGGAGACCUGCGGAGGGGCGAAACACCCACUCCUGCAAGCAGUGCGAGUGUAACCAACACUCCACGUCGUGUCACUUCGAUCUUGCCGUGUACAUGACGACCGGCAACGUGAGUGGAGGCGUGUGUGAUGACUGCCAGCACAACACGGUGGGCCGACAGUGCGAGCAAUGUGCACCUUUCUUCUACCAGAACCCCAACAAGGACCUGAGAGACCCCAGCAUCUGUGAACCAUGUAACUGUGACCCGUCAGGGUCUCUGUUGGGAGGUAUGUGUGACUCUCGGACCGAUGUGGUUGCCGGGCUGAUCUCGGGUCAGUGUCGGUGCAAAGACAAAGUGGAGGGAGAGCGUUGUGACCACUGUAAACAUGGACACUAUGGACUGGGACAAGGGUCCGAUGGCUGCCUACCUUGUACCUGUAACCCGCAGGGAACACUGCCGGGAGGAAACCCCUGUGAGUCAGAUACAGGAAGAUGCUUUUGCAAACGGCUUGUAGACGGACACAACUGCGAUCAGUGUCUGCCGCAGCACUGGGGCUUGUCGAAUGACAUGGACGGCUGCAGACCAUGUGACUGUGACCAGGGUGGGGCUGUCAAUAACAACUGUCACCCUCAGUCAGGACAGUGUGUGUGCAGGGAGCACAUGUUUGGACGCCGCUGUGAUCAGGUCCAAUCUGGCUUCUACUUCAUCGCCCUGGAUCACUACACCUAUGAAGCUGAGGAUGCCAAGCAUGGACCCGGUGUAACAGUGGUACCAAGGCCUUAUCCUCUGGACCGAAGCCCCACAUGGACCGGGAUGGGCUUUGUUAAUGUGCCAGAAGGAGCGUAUCUAGAGUUCAAUGUCAACAAUGUCCCUGAGUCCAUGGACUAUGACAUCCUUAUACGCUAUGAACCACAGCUGCCACAGCAGUGGGAGCAGGUGAACAUGCGAGUGAAGCGUCCCGUCUUCAACCCACCAAACUACUCCGCCCACUGCAGCAACUCCAUCCGGAGUGGAGAUGAGCAGUCCAUCUCUCUCCCACCUGGAUCCAGGCACGUGCUGCUGGUGAGACCUGUGUGUUUUGAGAAAGGGCUGAACUAUACGAUCCAUCUCACCCUCCCGCUGUACUCGUCAGAUAGCCACGUCCAGAGUCCAUACACACUCAUCGACUCAUUUGUGCUGAUGCCUCGAGUCAGAGAGCUGGAUAUGUUUCAUGGGACAGAAGGUGAAGGAGCGUGGGAUACCUUCCAGCGCUAUCGGUGUCUGGAGACCAGCCAGAGUGUCGUCAAAAGCCCAAUGACAGACAUCUGUAACGACUACAUCUUCAGCGUUUCUGCUCUGCUGCACAAAGGAGCCAUGGCAUGUCAGUGUGACCCUCAGGGCUCACUCAGCACCAUGUGUGACCCCAACGGAGGUCAUUGCAGGUGUCGACCCAACGUCGUGGGGAGGAACUGCGAUCAUUGUGCUCCAGCUACGUUCCUGUUCAGCCCCGCCGGCUGCAGACCAUGUGGCUGUGAUCCUCUGGGCUCCAUCAGCUCGUUCUGCCACGAGGCAACCGGCCAGUGUGACUGCGUCCCGGGUGCCACAGGUCGCCAGUGCUCCCACUGCCUGCCGGGUUUCUGGGGCUUCCCUCAGUGCCAACAGUGCCAAUGUAAUGGCCACAGCGAGUACUGCCACCCUCAAACCGGGGAGUGUCAGGGCUGUAGAGACUUUACUACUGGACACCACUGUGAGAGGUGUCUGAAUGGUUACCAUGGUGACCCACACCUGGGAUCAGGUGGCUACUGUCGCCCGUGCAUGUGUCCAGACGGGCCACGUAGUGGCCGGCAGUUUGCAGACAGCUGCUAUUUUCUGGCUGACAUCAACCAGCUGGUUUGUCAUUGCAGCCAAGGCUACAAAGGUGCCAGGUGUGAUGAAUGCGCCCCAGGUUACUAUGGAAACCCUCUGGUUCCUGGAGGGCGCUGCAUGCCCUGCCAGUGUAACAACAACAUCGACAUGCAUGACCUUGAGUCUUGCGACGCCCGCACAGGUGCCUGUCUUAAAUGCCUGUACCAUACUCAGGGCCACACAUGCCAGCACUGUAAACUGGGUUACUAUGGCAACGCUGCCACACAGAGCUGCAGGAAGUGUAUGUGCUCCCCGGUGGGAACGCUACCUCAGGCCUGUUCAUCCCCUGAUGACUGUCAGUGUGAUCAACGUAGCGGCCAAUGUCCUUGCCAGCCCAAUGUGGUCGGUCCGAACUGCGACCGCUGCGCUGCUGACAUGUGGAACAUCGCCAGCGGCACGGGUUGCCAGCGCUGCGACUGUGACCCCAUUCACUCCGUCAGGUCCUCCUGCAAUGAGGUUUCAGGACAGUGUGUGUGCAAACCAGGCUUUGGUGGCAGGACGUGUCGGGAGUGCAAAGAACUUUUCUGGGGGAAUCCAGAGGUCAAGUGCCAUGCAUGCGACUGCGACCCCCGGGGAAUCUCCAGCGAGCAGUGUCACCGUGCCACCGGACAGUGUACCUGUGUGAAGGGUGUUUCAGGCCUGCGAUGUGACAAGUGUGCCAGGGGCUACCAGGGAGAGUUCCCGGCCUGUGAACGUUGCCACCAGUGCUUUGCUGUCUGGGACGUCGUGGUUGGUGAACUCACCAAUCAGAGUCGACGUCUUGAAGCCCAAGUGACUGAGCUCUUGACCAGCGGCGUGACGGCGCCGUACAAAGAGUUAGUCAGCAGCCUGGAGAGAAAUGCCAAGGCUGUCAGAGAGAUAGUGGAGAACAAGACUGCAGCAGUGAAGCUGGAGCAUGUACAAGACCUGAUGCAUCAGAUUACAGGUUUGAUGUCCUACCUCAACGGGAAGCUGAAUUCAACCGCAGAGACACUGAGCCUUCUAGAUGUUAGUGCUAACACCACAGAAGCAAACUUAGAUGUGCUGAUUGGUGAGGCCAACACGCUGGAGCAAAAUGUCCAGGAGCUGAGACAACAGGUGCACAAUGUCAAAAAUGCCAACAUCUAUGGUGCCACGGAAACCAUUUCUGAUGCACACAUGCAGUCCAAGGUUGCAGAGCACCGUGUUAAGACCUCCACCAGUGAUCCUGGCAAUACAGUAGAGCAGUCUGCAGCUCUACGGAAAGCCACAGAGGACAAACUGAGCAGCAAUCAGAGAGAAUUUGACCGAAAGCACCAAAGAAAUACAAAUAAGUUGGACAAACUGUCCAAAGAGGUGGACAAAUUAGACAUGACUUUGAUCAGUGAGAAGACAUGUGGCAGUGCACCCAAAGGUGAAGGUGAAGACUGUUCCCCCUGCGCUGGGUUAGGAUGUCUCGGGGAGGACGGAGCGCCUCAGUGUGGAGGUGAAGGCUGUAGUGGCCUCGUCACAACCUCCAAAAAUUCUCUCAAAUCAGCAAAGAACUUAGACGAGGAGAUUCAAGCAGCUAUGCAGGAGGUGGACAAACUCUCUAGGAUGGUCUGGGAAGCCAACAUGCGUGCAAAUGAGGCCAAGGCGAAUGCUAUGGAGGUGCUGACCAAAUCCAACCAAAGCAAGGAGAGAGUGGAGCAGAGCAAUGGGCAGCUCCGCAACCUCAUCAAAGAAAUACGAGACCUCCUGACUGAUGAAAAGGCGGAUGUGUCCGUGAUUGAGGUGGUGGCCAAUGAGGUGUUGGCUCUAGAGAUGCCCACCUCGACGGCAAAGUUGCAGGAGCUGACAAAGGAGAUCAGAGAGAAGGUCAGCAGUCUUACCAGCGUGGAGACGAUCCUCAGUCAGAGCGCUGAGGACAUCCAAGCUGCUGAGUCACUCCUGAAACAAGCCAAGGAGGCAAGCGAGAAGGCAUCAAACAUUAAAGAAACAGCAGACGCAGUAAAGGCAGCCCUGGAUGAGACUGAGCGCGCUCAGAGCGUUGCCAUGGACGCCAUCCAGCUCGCCAAGAACAACACUAGAGGCACCCUGGAUCUGCUCAACUCUGUGGAGUCGGAGACGGCCAAGUCGGAGUUGAAGCUCAGUAACACAACGGGUCGCCUGGUGCAGCUUGAGAGGGAGGUCGGCCUCCUGAGGCAGAACAACCUGGAGGUGAACCAGAUGGUGGAAAAGACCGAACGCACCACUGACCAGGCCAAAGAAGACGCAGAGAAGGCGCAGCAGGAGUUUGAUGAGGAGGUGAAGGAUAAAUUUGAGGUGGUGGAGGAGCAGGUGGAGGAUAAAGGGGAGUCGGUGCUGCAGGCCAGGACGAAAGCAGAGGAGCUGCAGAAGGAAGCCAGGGAGCUUCUUGAGCAGAGCAGCAGCAAGCUGCAGAGACUCGGAGAGUUGGAGCGCUCCUAUGAGGGCAAUCAGCGCAUCCUGGAGAGCAAAGCUGCAGAGUUGGCCGAGCUUGAGCGGACCGCCCGUCGCAUCCUGGACGAGAUCAGCCACCAAGUGACGCUUUACAGCACCUGUCUGUGAUGAAACGUUCACCAGCUGGGAUUUCAGUGCUCCUCAAAAUAUAUGAACUUACCGCUCCCAGAUGACUGCUCUAGUUCAUAGCUGUUUAAACUAAAUAUGGUAAUAUAUUUGACAUUGUCAGUGCCAAAAUGUAUUUUAAUGAUGGCAACAAAGCUGCCAGAAGCCAUUAAAGUAUUAAGAGUCCCAAAGGAAACCACUAGAAGCCAACGUGACCUCAAAACCAAGAUUUUUUUUUUGUUUUACAAGCUACUACCAUCUGUUUAACUAUAUGACUGAACAUAUGUAUAAAAAUAUUAAAGUUUUACAUAUACUUGAUAGGCCCGAAACUAUUGUUGAUGAAUUGUGCUAUAAUACCUAAAAACAAUAAAAUUUAACUGCAGCAUAUAAUAACUCAGAGAAGCAUCUCAUGCUGUUUUUAUGUUUGUGCUAUAGGUUAAAAACAUCCACAACUCCAUAUGUACAAGGUUUAUCCCGAUGGAAGUUCUCAGAAUUAAAUGAGUUUUGAUUGUGUGAGUAAAUGAAUUGGACAUAAACAACUGAGACAUUGACUGCAUAAGUAAAUCUGCAAUAAAGUAAUCAUUUUA